GCAAGUACUCGUGUGUUUGUUUACAUGGCGACAGAAAGCCACAAGAAAGGAAAGCAAAUUUACAGAAGUUUAAGGAUAAUAAAGUGAAGUACCUGAUCUGUACAGAUGUAGCAGCUAGGGGCAUUGACAUCAGUGGUUUACCAUACGUUAUUAAUGUUACUCUCCCUGAUGAGAAGCAGAACUACAUCCAUCGGAUUGGAAGAGUUGGAAGAGCAGAAAGAAUGGGUCUUGCAAUAUCUCUAGUCUCUACAGUGAAAGAGAAGGUAUGGUACCACUCUAACUGUAACACGAGAGGGAGGGGUUGUUACAACACAAACCUGACAGACCACGGGGGAUGCUGUAUCUGGUAUGAUGAACCUAAGUUACUUGAGGAUGUACAAGAACAUCUAGAUAUCACUAUUGACAAGGUGGAUCCAAGUAUGAAAGUUCCUGUCAACGAGUUUGAUGGCAAAGUGACCUACGGUCAAAAACGCAAGAAUACUGGUGGAACUUAUAUUGGACAUGCAGCAUCCUUAGCACCUGCCGUGAAAGAGCUAGCAGAUUUAGAGAAGAGAGCCCAGACUUCAUUCAUUGACUUAAAGUACAGAAAGUUCGUCCAGCGUUAGCAGACUGUUUCUUUGUGCACUUUAUUGCCAAUAUGUUUUGACGUUUAUUGCAAUCUUUGAUGGGGAAAUCUAUAUGAAAAAUAGUUUAAGUAGCAAUUGGGAAAAAAAUUGCUGGAAUAUGCAUUUGUUAGCGUUUGUCUGUUUCAUGAUUUCAGGUCAAAUAAAAUUGUCUUACAGUCA